AUGGUUAACACUUUAGACAUGGAAUGUCUAAGAAAGAUGCAGUUUGAUAUGUACCACUGCAACGCCAAGUGUUGUGAGAACAGCAAUGCAAGCUUAGAAGAUGUGCAGAAAUGCAUUGAUGAAUGCUCCAAGGAUGUCAUCAGAGCUCAAACCUACCUCCAGAAUGAAAUUGAGAUAUUUCAAAAUCGACUCCAGCGGUGUGCAAUGACUUGCCAAGACAGGCUGCGUGAUGCACUGCCCACCAAACCUACAGAAAGGGAGGUUGAACUAGGUCGCACCACUUUAGAAAGAUGUGUCAUUGACUGUGCGUUUUCCCAUGUUGACCUUGUGCCAGGGCUUACCAAAAAAAUGUUGGAGACAUUGAAAAAUAAACAUUAUGCUUAG